AGUAGUUAUCCUAAACUACCUUACAAUGCAUUAGAAAGUCUUCGAAAACUCAAGUCUAGAGUGCUGGCAACCAUGAAGCGAUUGAUAAUUCUGAUUUGUAUAGCAACAAUAGCUAAUGCGAGAGCACUGGAGAAACGAGAAGACUCACAACAAGUUCAGGAAGUAAAGCCAGUCCAAUUUCGAAGUCAGCAGGUAAAAGGAGAAACACCUCCCCAGCAGACUGUUCAAGAGCAACAACAAGCUCCGAAACUUCCAAACCAUCCCCAUACAAAUUCACCUCAAAAGACAUCAGGAGUCAAGAAACCAUCAAAUCCCCCACAAGGUCAAAAACCGGAAAAAAUACAAAAACCGAAAGAUAAGCAUCCUCCAAGUCCAAAUUCGCCGAAGAAGAAAACUCCCUCCGCAAAGGGUGAAAAAGAACCACCACAAAAACAGAUCAAAGGUCCUCCGGAAGCGAAACAUCCACAAUCCCAAAUUAAAGGUACCCCAACAACGAAAACUUCAAAAUCUGCCGUUAAAACUCCUCCAGCGCAGGUAAAAGGACCUCCACAAACGAAAGGUUCGCAAGGACCUAGACAAACGAAAGGUCCGCAAGGACCUUCACAACCACAAAUCAAAGGAUCUGCGCAAGCGUCACCAAAGAAACAAUCACCACGCGCUCAGGUGGAACAAGUACCCCAAACUAAAGACGCACAGACUAAAGAACAGACGAAGGGUUAAAGUUGAAAAAAUAUCCUAAAUGGUAUAGGUUUGACCCAAGAUAUCACUAUGAUCUAUCUUUGCCCACCAUUAUCGUGUUGUGCGUCUAAGCAGAUGCUCAAGAUGAAUACAACAACGUUUGGCUUUUAAAUUCUUUAGUGUGUGAGAACCUCUUUAAUAAAUUUGAUGAUUACGAGCGAGCGAA